AGGGGCCCGGGGUCGUCGUCAUCCCGCUGGCCGGCGCCUUCACCUCCGUGCCGAGCGGCGACGGGAGGCAAGUCCCUUUCUUCAGCUACUCAGGCAACAUCUCGAUCGGCACCCCGCCCCAGAACUUCACGGUCCUCGUCGACACGGGCUCGAGCCGCCUUUGGGUGCCUUCGUCGAGCUGCGGCGGGACGCCCUGCGCGGCGCACAGCGAGUACCACGAGGGCGCCUCCGCCACGGCCACGGCGGGCACGGGCUCGGACCUCUCCGCCCGCUUCGCGUCGGGCGAGCUGGAGGGGCGGCCGGUCCAGGACACCGUGUGCCUGGGCACGGCGUGCGUGCGCGCGGAGCUGAUGUCGGCGCGCAAGGAGUCUGUCUUCCCGUUCCUGGACCUCCCGUUCGACGGCAUCCUCGGGCUGAGCCCGCCGGCAGACCUCAAGGAGAGCGGCUCGCUGCUGACCUGGGAGCUCCAGCGCCAGGCCGGCCUCGGCUGCUUCGCGGUGCGCCUGGGGGCUCUAGCGUCGGGCGGCGGCGGGGGCGAGCUCGUGCUGGCCCGGGACCCGUCCCUCCUGUCCCACACGUCGCCACCGCCGGGCCGCUGCGGUGGGCGCCCGCGCUGGAGCCCGAGGAGGCCUGGCCCUGGCAGCGCGGCUACGCGCGGCUCGGCGCGCCGCUCGCCCGCGGCGGCACCUACAACUGGUGGGUCGUGCCCGUGGUCUCCAUCCGGAGGGGCGCAGCACGGCGACCGCGACCAGGGCGUCGCUGAAGGCAAACUCUUGCUGAAGGCAUACGUGUUUUACUGGAGGCACAACUCCUCCUCCUCCUCCUCCUCCUCCUCCUCCU